UACACGUCCCCCACGCUAUCUUGUAGACACAUUUUUGUCUUGCUUGGCAAGCUAACCAGACCUUUCCCUCAAUGCUCAACACCACAUUACAAUCAGAUAUAGCUAGCUGACGUUACAUGUGAUUCUGUAAUUUCAAACUAUCUUAGCUAUGUUGAUGGUUUGCUAAGCAAGUGUAUAUUUUGGGCACAUUUGGAAUAUAAUGCCAUCUUCGAUGGAAGGAUCUUCUAGAGAAGGUGACCUGUUUACUGUGAAACAUGAGCUGAAAAAUGCCAACCUGACCGGCCACAUAGAGAGGGUGGGCAUCGAGAACUUUGAGCUGCUAAAGGUGCUGGGAACUGGAGCCUAUGGCAAGGUGUUCCUUGUGCGCAAAGUGAGCGGUCACAAUGCAGGGCAACUAUACGCCAUGAAGGUGUUGAAGAAGGCCACAAUAAUACAGAAGGCCAAGACAGCAGAGCACACACGCACAGAGAGACAGGUUCUGGAACACAUCAGGCAGUCUCCGUUCCUCGUUACCCUCCACUACGCCUUCCAGACAGACACCAAGCUGCACCUCAUUCUAGAUUAUGUGAACGGUGGGGAGCUCUUCACACACCUGGUGCAGAGGGUUCGGUUCAAGGAGCAGGAGGUAGCUUUGUACAGUGGAGAGAUGGUGCUGGCACUGGAGCACCUACACCAGCUGGGGAUAGUCUACAGAGACCUGAAGCUGGAGAACAUCCUCAUGGACUCCAGCGGGCACAUAGUGCUCACAGACUUUGGCCUGAGCAAAGAGUUUGAUGAGUUGGAGAGGGCUUACUCUGUCUGUGGCACCAUUGAGUACAUGGCCCCAGAGAUCGCAGCGGGAGGAGAGGCUGGACAUGACAUGGCAGUAGACUGGUGGAGCCUUGGGGUAUUGAUGUAUGAACUUAUGACAGGCGGAUCACCAUUCACCGUCGAUGGAGACGACAACUCUCACACAGAUAUUGCCAAGAGGAUCUCAAAGAAGGACCCUCCGUUCCCCAAAGACAUGGGCCCUCUGGCCAAAGACCUCAUCCAGGGCCUCCUCAUCAAAGACCCAAAGAAGAGACUGGGCUCUGGGCCUGACGGAGCAGAAAACGUUAAGAAACAUCCAUUCUACCAGAAGAUUAACUGGGAGGACUUAGCAGCUAAGAGGGUGCCUGCCCCGUUCAAGCCGGUGAUCAGGGAUGAGCUAGAUGUCAGCAACUUUGCGGAGGAGUUCACUGAAAUGGACCCCACCUACUCCCCUGCAGCUCUGCCUCAGAACUGUGACCGCAUCUUUCAGGGCUACUCGUUCAUGGCCCCCUCCAUCCUGUUCAAGUGGAACGCUGUAAUGGAUGACACACUACAGCUGUGUGGAGGAUCAGGGUCACAGAGGCCGGGGUCUGCUGCUGUGGCCCGCAGCGCCAUGAUGAAGGACUCUCCGUUCUAUGUGAACUAUGAGAUGAACCUGAAGGACAAUGCUCUGGGCGAGGGCAGCUUCUCCAUCUGUAGGCAGUGCACCCACAAGAAGACUGGCCAGAAGUACGCUGUGAAAAUCGUCAGCAAGAGGAUGGAGGCCCAGACACAGAAAGAGAUUGCAGCUCUGAAGCUCUGCGACGGCCACCCCAACAUCGUCAAGACUCACGAGAUUUACCAUGAUCAGCUGCAUACGUACCUGGUGUUGGAGCUGCUGCGUGGUGGAGAGCUGCUGGAGAGGAUACGGAGGAAGCAGCACUUCAGUGAGACUGAGGCCAGCCGCAUCAUGAGGAGACUGGUGUCAGCUGUCAGCCACAUGCACGAUGUAGGAGUGGUGCACAGGGACCUCAAGCCAGAGAACUUGCUGUUCACAGACGAGAGUGAGAACUCUGAGAUAAAGAUCAUAGACUUUGGCUUCGCCCGGCUGAAGCCCCCAGACAACCAGCUGCUGAAGACGCCGUGUUUCACCCUGGCCUACGCCGCGCCGGAGAUCCUCAAAUACGACGGCUACGACGAGUCAUGUGACCUCUGGAGCCUGGGCGUCAUCCUGUACACCAUGCUGUCGGGUCAGGUGCCAUUCCAGUGUCAGGGGAAGAGUUUGACCCACACCAGCGCUGAAGAGAUCAUGAGGAAGAUUAAACAGGGAGACUUCUCCUUCGAGGGCGAGGCCUGGAGGAGUGUCUCGCAGCAGGCCAAGGACCUUAUACAAGAGCUGCUGACAGUGGACCCUGACAAGCGGAUCAAGAUGUGUGGUCUGAGGUACAACGCCUGGCUCCAAGACGACAGCCAGCUCUCCUCCAACCCUCUGAUGACACCAGACAUCCUGGGCUCCUCCACCACCGUGUCCGUACACACCUACGUCAAGGCUACCUUCAACGCGUUCAACAAGUGUAAGCGGGAGGGUUUCCGUCUGCAGACGGUGGACAAGGCCCCGCUGGCCAAGAGGAGGAAGAUGAAGAAGACCAGCACCAGCACAGAGACCAGGAGCAGCUCCGGUGAGAGCACCCACUCCUCUUCCUCCUCCUCCCAGUCCCAUCAGGACACCCACUCCUCUUCCUCCUCCUCCCAGUCCCAUCAGGACACCCACUCCUCUUCCUCCUCCUCCCAGACCCACCAGGACACCCACUCCUCUUCCUCCUCCUCCCAGACCCACCAGGACACCCACUCCUCUUCCUCCUCCUCCCAGACCCACCAGGACACCCACUCCUCUUCCUCCCAGACCCACCAGGUGAAGAUGGGUGGAGACCCCAACCCUCCACCCCAGCCCUCCAACACCACCCCUGUCACGACACCCCUCGCCCUGGGCUCAGACAGCAACCCUGCCCCGGAACGCCCGCGCCCUCCAGCCUUCCACUUCUCACAAUAAGAGACAGGCGGUGUAUUAAAAGGGGAUCAGCCUGAGCACGGCUGAUUCGCUAAUCUUAAUUUGUAGGUCAGGCUUUCUGUGCGGUCACAUGCGGUCAAUCUCAAAACGCGCACUGAGCGAGCGAGGGGAAAGAAGGCAGGGAGAAGGCCUGCGUCGUCAGAAAGAUGGCUGGACGGACGGCAGGGAGAACCCUCUAUUAUUCUAUCCCUCUCUUGCUCUCCUUCCAUGGCAGCUCGCAGUCAAUCAGUCACACGCAUGGACAGCAAGCGCACGCCUCCAAAACCGAGCAUGCAGCGGGAGCAGGAACCACCUCUCGGUCAUUGCUAGCAGUAGACACACGCCAAAUAAGGGCUGCUCUAUGGAUUCAGGGCUAGACAGCGGCGAGAACCCUCUACAACCACAACUCAAUUUCAGUCAUGUCUUUUUGUUUGUUAGUUUGUCAGGUUUAGUAGAUGGUCGUCCCGGUUGUGUUUCUUGGUCUCUUUUUAUACUGGUAUGUUGCGUUAUUGUAAAAAUGGACCGCUAAGCCACAAGUACUGCAGCUUCUCACAUUGGGGUGAACCUCUAGUUUUUAAAGCGGAGCACAUAUAUUUUGCAGGAUUUUAUGUAUGACAAUAAUGCAGACCGAAAUUCUUUCUUCUUUUUGUGUGAACUUAUUAAUGGUUCACAGCUGUUUAUGAUGGAUGGAAAUGCUCAGACCACCAACCUGAGAUCUAGACCCAGUGUCACCUCAUUGCAAAACGUUUCAAUGGCAGGUUGAUGUUAUGUUUCAGGCCUAGUCGGUGUUUUGUUGUGGACGACAAAUAGUAGGGUAGGAUCCUCAUAUACAUCAACUUGUCUUGAAGGCGGCAGGGGAGUGACAAGUACUGUGCCAAAAACCUCUGCCUUUUCUACAUUAGAUUCUGUCUGUGUCUCUGUCUGUGUCUCUGUGUCUCUAAAGUUUUAGAACACCUACUCAUUCAAGUGUUUUUCUUUUGACAAAUUUCUACAUUGUAGAAUAAUAGUGAAGACAUCAA